UUGUUCUGUAAAGAUCUUACAGUGCAAGAUGUCAUGGAUCAAGGAAGGAGAGUUCUCACUUUGGGAGCGGUUCUGUGCCAACAUCUUAAAGGCAGGCCCAAUGCCCAAACACAUUGCAUUUAUAAUGGAUGGGAACCGUCGCUAUGCCAAGAAGUGCCAGGUAGAGCGACAAGAGGGACAUUCACAGGGCUUCAACAAGCUGGCUGAGACUCUGCGCUGGUGUUUGAACCUGGGCAUCCUGGAGGUGACAGUCUAUGCAUUCAGCAUUGAGAACUUCAAACGCUCGAAGAGUGAGGUAGACGGGCUAAUGGAUCUGGCCCGACAGAAGUUCACCCGCUUGAUGGAAGAACAAGAGAAACUGCAGAAGUACGGGGUGUGUAUCCGGGUUCUUGGUGAUCUGCAUUUAUUGCCCUUGGAUCUCCAGGAACUGAUCGCACAAGCUGUACAAACAACUAAAAACUACAACAGUGAUAUCUCUGAGUCUCUGCUUGAUAAGUGCCUCUAUACCAACCACUCUCCUCAUCCAGACAUUUUGAUACGGACUUCUGGGGAAGUGAGACUGAGUGACUUCUUGCUCUGGCAGACCUCCCACUCCUGCCUGAUAUUCCAGCCAGUUCUAUGGCCAGAAUAUACAUUUUGGAACUUCUUUGAGGCCAUUAUACAGUUCCAGAUGAACCACAGUGGCCUUCAGAAAGCACGAGACUUGUAUGCAGAGGAGCGGAAGAGGCAGCAACUGGAGAGGGACCAGGCUGCAGUGACCGAACAGCUGCUGCGAGAGGGGUUCCACACCACUGGUGACGCUCAACUUCGACGGACAUGCUUGCACAAACUCUCAGCCAGACGGGAAGAGCGGGUCCAAGGCUUUCUGCAAGCCCUGGAACUCAAACGAGCUGACUGGCUGGCACGUCUGGGCACUGCAUCAGCCUGAGUGAGGCUGGCCACCUGCCACUCCUUCCUGCCCUCUGCCUCCAGGGCCCCACUCCCUUUUCUUUUUUUUUGGUGAAAAGCACCUCCCUUCUAAUGAUGAAUUGUGGUCCUUUUGCUUGGCAGGGGAGGCCCUACAGGCCAUAUCUGCUAGCAGUAGAUACCUUUCUGCUAGUUGGGACAUGACAGUGGCCUGGGGAUGACUGAGUGAGGAGAGUCCCGUACAAGUAUACUGAACCCAGCUCUGGUGACCA